UCGGUGGCGGGGCGGCUGUGCUGUGCCUCCAGGAGCUGUGUCCCGCUGCCUCCCUCCGUCCUCCCCCGUUCCCCUUGCCGCCUCGGGCCAUGCUGCUGCCGUCCGACGUGGCCCGGCUGGUGCUGGAUAAGUCUUUCUGGUGCUGAGAAGGUUGAUGAAUAUUGGUUUAAGGAGCAAAACUAAAAUGAUGAGUUCACCCACAGAAAAAUACAUAAGAAAAUCUAUCUUCUUCUAACUAAUGGUAUUUACAACAGGAAAAACUUCUAGCUACCUGCCGUGAAUUUAUUUUGGAAAGCUCAGAUUUGAAAGAAUACGCAGAGCACUGUACAGAGGAUGGGUUUAUUCCAGCCUGCUUGCUGUCCCUGUGUGGAAAAAACUUGACAACUAUUCUUAAUGAAUAUGUAGCCAUGAAAACAAAAGAAACAACAAAUGAAGUUCCAGCGAUGAUGUCAUCUCUGUGGAAAAAAUUAGACUAUACACUUUCUCAGAUCAGGAGCAUGCAGAAUUCCACAGGAUUUUCUGCUAAUCAAAGGACACGUACAAGAAGUGGAAUUGUAGAAAUGAAAAGACAGAGAAUGCUUCAGCAAUCAGCUGCUGCGAACUCAGGAUUGUUGUCGGUAGCCCAUCAGUCAGGGCCACAGAAUUCCUCUUCUGUUGUAUCUCCUCAAGUUUUGCACAGGCCAACAAUAAAUCAAAGCAUGUCACAGGCAAGGCUGAAUACAUUGUUUGUACAUCAGUCACAAACCCAAGAAAACAAGAUCAGCACAGGAGAUCUCAUACACAUUCAAGUUCCAGCAUCACAAGAACGAAAGUUUCAUUCAAACUUGCUUUCUCCAGGAAGACGAAAAAGUGAAUCUCAGAAGAGGAAAAGCAUUGCAACAUCUGGACCUCUUUCAGCAACUAGAAGUUCUCAAGACCCUGAUGAAGUAAUAAUAGAAAAAGAAAGUGAACCACUUGAAGAAUUCAUAGAUGGUAACUUCCCACAAUUGGUUAUUGAAAAUGCCAGAGAAAAAAUCUUGAGCAACAAAUCUCUUCAGGAGAAGCUUGCUGAGAACAUUAACAAAAUCCUGGGCAGUGAUGGCAAUGUUGCUCAGGCCCCUAAACAGACAGACAGUGGUCCCAUGGAACAGGAGACUUCAAUUGAUGAAAUCCUUGGACUUCAGGGUGAAAUUCAUAUGUCAGAAGAGGCUAUACAGGACAUUCUAGAACAGACAGAAUCAGAUCCAGCUUUUCAGGCACUCUUUGACUUGUUUGAUUAUGGAAAGAGCAAGGUAAACAAGAACUUACCUGCUGGUAUUUCUGGUCAGAGUGGAGUAGAAAAUGCAAUCCUGGUGGGUGAGGAUAACCUGGAAACACUUGAGAGUUCUUUAGGAACAGAAGAAACUAGUAGAUGUGAUAAUUCUAGAGAAUCACUAUCCUGUAAAGGUUUUCCGUUAGGAGAAGCAUCGUGUGCCUUGAAGACCAGCAUUAAUGAUGAUGAUACAGCUAAGAAAAAUACAACCAAUGAACAGUUGCAUGGAAAUUGUAGACCAAGGAAGCAGACCGAAGUACUUAAAACCGUUACCCCUGAACAUAUUGGAGAGCUUGAAAUUGCUUUUGACUCUGUGCCUGGUUUGACUGAACAUAAGAGACAGAGUUCUGAUAGUGAAUGUAAUGAACACUGUGGAGAUUCUCAUGAUAAAAAAGAGUCAUCUGCAUUAGUAUCUGAAAAUGAAAGAGCUAUGGAAAUUGAAAAAGGCCCCCUAAGUCAUAGUGCUCAAAGUAGUUCUAAUUUAGAGUAUGUUCAUUCUGGUAGUCCGCAGAUUUCUUUGAUUUCAUUGGCAGAAUGUACUACAGCCAGCGAAAACAAAACACAUUCUGGAAAUAAGUGUCACUUAUCACCAGACACAUCACUAUCUGAAAAAACACUUACUGAAAGCCCUUCUGACGGGAGCCCUGGCCACAGCACACUGCUGAGAAAAAACAAUUCAUCGAUUUCUAGCCCAUCAGGAGAUGCAGGAAAAGAACAGUCUGUACCAAAUGAUACAACUGCCUUACCUGUUAUUUUACAGGAGAACUCUAGCCACCAUUCUAGCCAUCAGGAACAGAGUACACAGUCAGACUGUGCCGCAAGAUCUGCAGUGAAGAUUUCGCAUCUUGACAAAACGGAGUUGCAGCUUGAAGUUGUUGAUACUUCUAACAAACCCUAUUCAAAUGAUCAGCAUACACUUGAUAAGCCUUGUAAGAAAGAUUUUAAUCUCCCUUCAGGAUUGUCAAACUCAGAGGGAACACAAGGGGAUAUGCAAGAACCUUCAUCUUCUACAAAAGUAGAUGCUGAUAAUAUAUAUUUCUCUUCUGGUGAUGAUGCAUGCACAGAAAUUUCUGUGGUAUCCACUGAAAAUAAUCUUACUACAUCUGAAAUAGGCCACUCUCCUCUCCCAGAAACUGCAUCCUCAACAGAUGAGUCAGGUACUGAGGCCAAAACUAUAAGCAGUGUAUCUUCUAGUAGUCAGCCAGGGGAUGUUGAUCCUUCUAAUAUAAUGUCCCUCAAGAUCAUCAUCAGUGAUGAUCCAUUUAUUUCAUCAGACACGGAGUUAAAUAAUGCUGUGUCCAGCAUCACAGGAGAAAAUUUGCCGACUAUAAUACUGUCUUCUCCAGCUAAAUCCCCAACCAAAACUGCAGGACUGUCCAGAUGUCUAACUUCAGAAGACACAGAAAAAAAUGUGGAUUCAGCUUUAGCAGAGCAGAAUCUUCUUGUGCUUAGACCUAAGGAUCCUGUGGUCACCUCAGUUAACACUCAGAACGAAGACUGCACUGUUUUUUCAGUUGCAGGUACGAAUAAUCUUUCCAAGGAAGGGGGAUUUAUACAGCUGAUGCCAGCAACAAGCACAGCUUUUGGAAAUUCAAACAACCUUUAUAUAGCCACCUGCGUGACUGAUCCAGCUACCUUGGGCACAGCUGUAACGCCAUCAAAUGUAGUUGUAUUGCCUGGCAAUUCUGUACCGCUUCCUGCCCAAGCUCCAGCUGUGCAACAGUUACGGACUCCUCCUAGAUCCAGCAACGCAUUUGCGGCAAACCAGACUGUCUCCCCAAACUUCCCACAAGGUUCUGCCAUUAUAAUUGCAUCUCCGGUGCAACCUGUUUUGCAAGGAAUGGUGGGAAUGAUACCUCUCUCAGUAGUAGGACAAAAUGGAAAUACGUUCUCAGCACCUGCCCGUCAGGUUCUACAUAUGCCUGUGGCUAAUCCAGUGUGCAACAGAAGUGUCCCAAAACUUCCCAUCCCUCCCAAAUCACAAAAGAUUCCUGGAGCAAGAAACAAGACUAAUACAGGAAAACUGGUACCAAGUGUAGUCGAGCCUUUGAACCAUACAAAUUCUCGAACACAAAGGACUGGAAAUUCAGACAAGCUUAUCAGUGCAGAACUAGGAAGGAAAGUGGAGGAGAACUUACCUGUUGCACCAGUAGAGAGCACUAGCUCAAAUUCAAGACAAACUGAAAGUCACAGAAGAGUGCUUUGCUUUGAUAACGUCCUACCUGCUCCAGGAGGAAACACCCAAAUUCAGACUACUAAGAGUUUAUCCCAAAAAGAAAGAAAUGAAAAUACUUUAUUUGCUGUUGACUCUGCAUCAUCCUCUGCUAAGGCACAGGUAGCAAAGAGAGAGAAAGAUAAAACGUUGCCUAGAAUUCUGUGUAAGCCGGAAGUUGGUAGCAACAGAAGCACAUCUGCAAAGGAACCGCAGCCUGAGCGGAAGGUGGCAACUGCAGGGCUUCCAUCAGAUCCCUUCCACAAGACUACAGCAAAUAAAGAAAACGAAUUACAAAGGGAUACUGAUGAGAAACAGAAGAACCAGGACACUGCCAAACUCUCAAAUGGCCAGCAAAGUGUCAGCUUAUGGAAUGAGAAGACAGUUGCUUCAGUGCAAGAGCUGAACAAAAAGCAAGGGUCACUGUCAAGUGGGAACGGCAAAUCUUCUGUGUCCGUUUCUUUGGCUUCGAAGGAGCCAAAGCGAGAACCAGCUAAGGUUUCCAACCAAGGUCUUUGCCUGUCAAGUCCGUUCACUAAACAAUGUGUGGAAAUGUUGCAAGACAUUCAGUGGCAUAGCCCGAGUAAACCAGCUGAAAACGGAGAAUUGCCAGUACCCCGUACACCAUCUGGAGUUGGGGACAGGCAUACAGAUGAUACUACAGAUAGCGUACGGACACCGACCUGUCGGCGCUUCAAUGAGGAUAGCACAACCCCUAGAAUAAUGGUACCCCCUGCCACGCCGGACUUGCCUGCCUGCAGCCCAGCUAGCGAGACGGGUAGCGAAAAUAGUGUCAGUAUGGCAGCACACACGCUGAUGAUACUAUCGCGGGCAGCUAUUGCAAGGACUACCACUGCAACCCCCCUGAAGGACAAUACUCAACAGUUCAGAUCUUUAAGGAGCACAGUAAAGAAAAGGAAACUGGAGGACUUGAAUGAGGGUGAGAGAAAUUCUCGUUCUGCAAAUAGAAAAGACCUUCAAAGCUCUCCAACACCAUCAAAAAAGAAGAAAAUAAAGAAAAAGAAGCUACCAAAUUCUUUUCCAGCAGGAAUGGAUGUGGACAAGUUCUUGUUGUCAUUGCAUUAUGAUGAAUGAAAAAAAAGAAGUUCAAGUGUGAUUGCCUAAAUCUAGGUGGUGUUAUGCUGAGGUUUUGCAUGGGAAGAGAACUUAGUUCUAAAGAGUUGCACUUUCAGUGCACUGAAGUUUCACUUUAUAGCAAAAUCAUGCUGUUUCUGAAGCAGGUUGCUAAGUGUAAAUAUCAUUGAGUUGGUAUAUGUUUAUUUUUGAAAAAGCACUUGCGUAAUUAUAGAGCCAUUUAAUUUGCAAAACUGUAAAUUUGUAUAAAUGUAAUGUAAGAAAAGUUGUAUGUUUUCUGGUACACCACGUUGUCUGUGUUCUGCUGCAUUCUCUACUUACCUGUCUGAACCGCUCAGCCAAUUGGUGAAAAGGUGGUGAACAUGAAGGCGGUGGUUGUCGUUCACUGCCCUAAGACAUGGGCAGCUGACUUGGCCACCUCCCAUCAUCUUAUUGAAUCCGAAAGGGACUUCAUCUUCAGAUGUUACUGGCUUGUACUAAUGCUGUCUUCUCUCCUGUCACACCUAUGUUGUAAGGCUUUGAAUGAGCUAACAAAAAUACCAGUAACUAAACACAAGGCCAUCAAAACCUCCAAAGGUAUUUCUCAUCUAAUGAAGCUUUUCCCAACGGUCAUUCAGAUAAGAACUUUAAUUUGGAUAGGCCUCAUCUCUUCACAGUAUUUGCUGCACAGGAUGCCAUUUGGAUGCAAAGGCUGUUUGCAAACAAUGUACUCUGGUGUGGGUUAACCCCCAUAUUCACACCCUGGUAUCGAUACUUAAACUGUAGCAAUAGCCAGACAGAGAAUUUCAGCAUGUUCUGUUGCGAAAGUCAAUUCUUUUAACUUCAAUUGCACUGUUGAGAAAGCGUUUGUUAAUAUCACUUAAUGCUUUUAGCCAGACACAGAAAACUUUGCAUCUGAUCUUUCUGUUUAACGUAGAAUUUAUCAUAGCUAUUACACAAAAUCUCUUCAAAACAGGUGCAGGAGCUCAGCCUACAUUUUAGUAAUAAUUAGCAUGAGUGAAAAUUACCACACUAAGCCUUGCUCCAGUACCACAGGGUUUUCUCUACUGGUAUUUCCUCCUUUGUUCUCAAAUUGUUGAGGUCUUAAAAAAAAUGCAAAUUUUCUUGUAAGAGAUCUGUACAGCAACAGGGCAAUGUCUCAGAUAGUAUACAAGGAUUCCUAAGGAACCAAUAUUAUGCAGUAGAUGUUUAUAUUAAACCCAUCCAAUGACUAAAUACUGCAUAGCAUUUACAGCUUGAAUAAAUAUUUUUGUUUUAUUAAAAAGUUGUCUUGCUUAAUAUUUUGUAAGUCCACUGAGCAGCUUUGUGGCUAUUGUACAGAAGAGUCAUGCUGAUCAGUCCUUUUUUAAGAUCAAGCGUUCAGUAUUAAACACUAAGUGCUAAGAGCAGCAGUUCCAGAGUGGCAAAACCAAUUGUCUCUCUGGUACACGUGACAUUUUCUGCUUCGUAGUAUUCUGACAGUUGAUCUGUGAUGUUUUCAGAUGGAUUUGCUAUUUAUUUGAGACCUAGUGCAGCUCUCUUGUGGGACAACCAAUAUCCACUGUAGUCUUUCAAUUCAGGUGAUGUGGUAGUACUAAAGAUGUGAAUUAUCAGGUCGCUUACACUUUCAAAAGACAAAGCAUCUUCAGUUCCAAGCUGCUGUUAUAUGGCGAAUAACUUUUAGAAGAAGAGGUGUUCAUUUUCUUAGCACAUAGCGUUUAAACCCCACUGUUGAUUUGCUACCUCUACAAGUCCAUUCCUUCCCAGAAAGCAACAGAUCCCACUGCAGCCCAGCCAAAGUACUAAUUCCCCCUGCUUUACGGAGGAAAAUGUAAGGACAGCCAGCAGGUAAAGAUGACUUCCUGUUGAAACUAACUUCAAAAUAAGAAAGCAGGUGUCCUGAAUCCCAGCUAAGAAACUGCAGUGUUUGAUGUUUAUCCCUUGUGAAAAGGGUGAGGUGGGAACAGGCUUCAUACUGGUGAAAAAGCCAA